CCGGCCCCAGCGCCGCUGACCCUGUCCGCCGCGGGCGGGGACGCGGGCGGAGGAGGCGCCGCCGCGGAGCCCCCGGACGCGACCAUGUCGGAGGUGCUGCCCUACGGCGACGAGAAGCUGAACCCCUACGGCGACGGCGGCGACGUGGGCCAGAUCUUCUCCUGCCGCCUUCAGGACACCAACAACUUCUUUGGCGCCGGGCAGAACAAGCGGCCGCCCAAGCUGGGCCAGAUCGGCCGGAGCAAGCGGGUUGUUAUUGAAGAUGAUAGGAUUGAUGAUGUGCUGAAAAAUAUGACAGACAAGGCACCUCCUGGUGUCUAACUCCCCCCCACCCCACCCCCCAAAGACAAUGAGUUAAAGGGAGA